GAGGCGUCAAUGUCGUAAAUCUCGCAGAAACUUGGCUGCUGUGGCGUAAAUGCACAAAGAAUCGCGUACAACCAACGUGAUAGCGAGAGAUCUGGGAAUAAAUAUCUAUUUUUGACAUUCGUCGAUGUUCAGGGGCAAACAAAGGCGAGAGUUUGCACUAAUCGGAGGCCGCGGCGUAGCCACGUCGCUGAGUAUCGAGCGACGUGAUUGGCUGACGCGACGGAAGCGCACUCUCAAGCACAUCCACUGGAAAAGUUAGCGAGAUUGUUUUUUUUUCAAAAUGUUCUUUUUCCUGCAAAGCACCGCGCGUCAUUUUUCUAUAUUUGGAUGAUGUGCCUCUUUUUUGGUGGGAGGAAGAAGCACGUCGAUGAAUAACCACCAGAGCACCGGCUGCGUCGGCACAUCCGGACGUCGACGUUAAACAAUCGAGGACUUUAUUAUUAUUAUUAUUAUUGCCCUCCUUCCACAGCUGAAGUGAAGACAAAGUUGGGAGCGCCGCCAUGCUGGGAAACGUCGGCGUGUACGCGGUGAAGAGGAGGAAGAAGCCCGCUCAGAAGAACGCCUCACACCCGCCCGUCAAAACCAACCCGUCCAAGCGCCACCGGGACCGCCUCAACAUGGAGCUGGAGCGCCUGACCGGCCUGCUGCCCUUUUCCGAGGAGGUGCGCGGCCGCCUGGACAAGCUGUCGGUGCUGCGGCUCAGCGUGGGCUACCUCAAAGUCAAGACCUACUUCCACGAUGGACUCCACAGCAAAAGCGCGGCGCGCCCUCCGGACGACCAGGCGGUGACUUUGGACGGCGUCAGGUUCUCGGAGGGCGAGUUCCUCCUGAAGUCGCUCAGCGGCUUCGUCUUGGUUGUGACGAGAGACGGCACCAUCUUCUACACGUCGCCCACCAUGCAGGACUUCCUGGGCUUCCAUCAGUCCGAUGUGGUGCAGCAGAGCAUCUUGGACCUGGUCCACGUUGACGACCGAGAACUGUUCAGCUGCCAGCUGCAGCCCGGGGUCCAACUCGGCGACGCCAGUGAGUGUCAAGCUCCCAUGUUGCCCAUGGACGACUCCUUCUUCCUGGAGAGAAGUUUCUGCUGUCGCCUUCGCUGCCUCCUGGACAACACGUCUGGAUUCUUGGCGCUCAAGUUCUCCGGCCACCUGAAGUACCUGAAGGAGGCGGCGACGGCGGGCAAGGGGAAUCCUCCGCUGGCUCUCUUCGCCAUCGCCACGCCUCUGCAGCCGCCGUCCGUCAUGGAGAUCCGCACCAAGACGCUCAUUUUCCAGACCAAACACCGCAUGGACUUUGCGCCCAUGGCCGUGGACACCAGGGGCAAGCUGGUGUUGGGCUUCUCUGAGACGGAGUUGAUCAUGCCGGGGUCCGGAUAUCAGUUCCUCCACGCCGCCGACAUGAUAUACUGUGCCGACAACCACGUCAGGAUGAUGAAAACCGGGGACAGCGGCUUCACUUUCUUCCGCCUGCUGACCAAAAGCAGACAGUGGCUGUGGGUCCAGGCCUCCGCCAGGGUGGUCUUCAAGGACGGGAGGCCCGACUUCAUCAUCGCUCGGCAGAAACCUCUCUCAAAUGAAGAAGGAGAGGAACAUUUCCAGAAGAGAAGACAGCAGCUGCCCUUCAAUGUGACCACGGGAGAAGGAGUCCUCUAUGACCUGGACCCCUUCACCUUCCCCGCCCCAGAGGAGCCCCCCCUGGACCCCGGCUCCAUCCUGGACCCCUUCACCAUCCCCGCCCCCGAGGAGCCCCCCCUGGACCCCGGCUCCAUCCUGGGCUCCUUACGCCGCCAGGACCGCUCUCUCUAUUCCCGGCCGCAGCAUCCCGGCCCCCGGCUCCCCGUCUUCCCCGCCCCGGACGACCCGGACCCCGACCAGCCCCAGCAGCCCCUGGAGAUGGCCUUCCUGGACAGCCGCGCUCUGCUCAGCGUGCCGGGUCAGGCGCGCUCGCCUCGGGACGUCGGGGACCUCACAUCGCGGGUCAUGCUGGACUCGCUGGAGCAGAUCCUGGGAGACAUCGGGGGCGGCUUCCUGGAAGGCCUGGAGGUGGAUCAGCGGGAGCUGAGGGACUGGGAGAGCACGAUCCUGAGGAUGAAUGAAGAGAGGGAACUGAAUGACAUCCUGGCCAACGACGUGUUCUCCUACGUGGAGGAGGCGCUCCUGAGAGAGACGGGAGGAGAUCUGAAGGUGCCUUCGGACUCUUCGCGGCAGACUUUGACACAUUUGGACCGAGGACGGGAACCUCUAUGCCAUCCAGACAUGUCCCUGGGACACAUCUGGCCCGCGAGCGAGGGCGCUUACCAGGGGGCUCCUGGACUCUCCCGCAAUCUUGAGACGCUCGACGUGACCCAUCAGACUUGGCUUCCUACGGCGGCGAACUCCACGUUCCACCACACGGACUCGCACUCGCACUCGCCAGCCUCGUGGCCUCUCCGUCACCACCACACGCCGGCGUCCGGCAGCUGCGUGUUUGAGCGCGGCCCGGGCCCUCAGGUGGGCGCGAACCCCGCCUUCGCCCACCCGCAAGCAGCGGGAGGAGCGUGGAACCCCGCCGCAGGUGAGACGCACGCCGGCGCGCAUUGUCACGCCAGCGGCGAGAUCUCGGGGCAUCCGCUUGAGAACGGAUUGUCGCCGUCCGCCAUCUUCUGCUGGAACGGUCAAGCUCAGAUUCCCAAAGUGCCUGUGAACCAUUACGUCCUCCCAGCGCGCCCUGCUGGAGGACUCAACCUCUCCCAAGAACCUUAACCCUCCAGUCCCAGUCCCAGUCCCAGCAUCCAGCCGGACCUGCGCUAGUAAAGCAGAGAAGAGCCUUCUCAUUUCAAAGGUAGCGUCGCUCUUUUAUGGCCCCCUUUUUUUUUUUUGGUUUUGUUUUUUAAAGUGGGGAAUUCUGUUGAAGUCGUCAUCUCCAUCUCGUGGAUCAGGAAGUACAGAGUCCAGACCAGAAGAAAGGCUGUGAUGUGGUUUAUACAAGCCCGGCAAUCAUGAUGGACUCUGCAGACUUGGAGGGGAGGACCAUCAUUCACUUGCUAGCAACAACACACAUGACAGCAAACUAAAGUCUCUGGUCCUCGCAGAGAAUACUUUGCAGUUUUACAGCAAGCGGAGACAAAUACUUGAUAGUUUUACAGCAAGCAGAGACAAAUACUUUGUAGUUUUACAGCAAGCAGAGACAAAUACUUUGUAGUUUUACAGCAAGCAGAGACAAAACUAAAUGAUGGAAUCAACAGAUGAAAUCUCUUCAUUAGUCUGCAGUUAAAAAGGAGGGCUGUUGCAGCAGGUGGGUUGACAUGAAUCGUGGCUCCAGGGCCAAGGGGGGUCACAUGAAAACCAAGGAGAGGAUGGUUAAACUUCCUCAAGAAGGUCAAAAGUUGAUUGUUGAAUAAUCCAUUCACAUCUUAUUUGUCGCCAUUCUAAAUCCAGUCUUCAUUUUCAAAAAUGGAUCAAAAUCACUAAUUAAAUUUUAAAAAACAAAAAGAGGUAUGUAAAUUAUAAUGGUGUCCAAAAAAUACAUUUUAGAAUUAAUCGCGAUUCUUUUUUGUAACUAUUCAUAGUCUUAAAUUAAAAAAUCCAAAAUCGGUGUAAAAAAUUAAAAUAAAAUAGUUUUUAAUGAGUUGUUUCCUGACGGGCAGGUCACUUUGGUGAUGUAAGUCAAUAAUACAAAAAUGUAUCGAAGGUGUCUUGUCUCUUGUAUGGAGGAUUGUAAUUAAUGGUUGAACUGGCACAAGAAGUAUUGAUUGUCAAUCCACAAUCAUUUUGAAUCGUUAGCUCCAAGAAUCGAAUCGAUUCGUGUAGUGGCCAAAGAUUUGUUUUUUUUGUUUCUUAGGAAAAAAAAGAUAUAACAUUA